AUGGCAAUUCAAGAUGAGCAUGAAAGAAUGAUGUUACUCUACAAUGAAUUUGUAAAAGACAACGUAGUUAGUACAGAAGAUCGUGCAGUUAAUCAAUAUACUGAAACUUUAUGGCAGCUUAUUGAAGAUUUUACUACUGCAUUCGGUUAUCCUGAUCCUACUCAGCAUUAUCUUUUUAAACAUGCACAAGAAAUAAACCAAAAUAGUUAUAUUCGAAUGUUUAAUUUUUACAGAAACAGUCUUGUUCGAUUAUAUAAUAUUUUGAAUGAAGAAAUUUACAAAACUAAAAAAGAAAUUGCAAAAGAAAGACGAACCAAAGAUUUAGUUAAUGUUUCAGCUAAAAAAUAUUUAUUAGCUAUAAAAGAUUAA